ACCACCAUAAUGAACGUAAGUAUUAUUUAUAAAAUCUUUACUCAGCUCAUUAUGAAGUCAAACAUCAUAUGCAACUAUUAUUUUUAUAAAUAAUUCUUUCUUUUAUUUAAAAUUCUCGAAGCAAUACAAUCAAAUGUAAGUAUUAUUUUUAUAUUAAUAUUUAUCUUUUUUCAUUAUUUAGUUGAAUAUCAACGUCAAAAUUAUAUUUGA